AUGGCGGCCAACGCCCCAAACACCGUCGCAAAUGGCGGUCCUCCCGUGCCCAUGGGAAACAAGUCCAACAUCCAGUUUGGCUUUGAUUCCCCUUCCGUCGCUCACAGCACCCCUCAGUCUGGAAACGCCGCUCCCAUUCCUAUCCCGUCAGGAAGCAACGCCGGUCGUGUGCCUUCUCCCGCACACUCGCCCUCUCCUAUCCCACAGCCUUCGGCCAGCGGCGGUCGCCCGCCUUCCAUGCAGGCUGGCGGCCAGAUGACCUUUGGCAGCCUGGGCAGCGAUGGCGAGCGCCACAUGAGACAGGGCUCUGUGCCUCCCAAUCCCAACGCUAUUCCCACCCAGCCGGGCGCUCACUUCCGACGUGAGUCGACGAACUCUCUCCACGGCGAUAGCAACCGAGGCAACUACCAGGGCGGUCGCGGUCGUGGCUACAACAACCAUCAUAACAACUACAACAACCAGUUGGGCUACCCCCCUAACAACCAGUUCCGCAACGGCCAGGGUCGUGGCAUGCCUCCUGCUUUCCAGCCUCAGGGUCGCGGCAUGCCCUACCCUAACUCGCCUCACCAGCCUAACCGCAGCCCUGCCCCAGUCUCCUCCAUGCCCAACACCCCGAACAUGCCUCCCGCCAACAUGCACGGUCACAUGCAGACGCCUCCUCAGUACCACUACCCGCCGCCUAUGGCUCCUCAGCAGCAACAAGUACAGUACCCCUUUCCCCGAGUUUUUUCAAAAUCGCACAAAAAGUACCCCCAACGCCGUGAGCAAGACAAGGUUUUAUCAGAUUUGCGACGUCAACCAGGCUCUACGGUCAAGUACCAUGCCGGCUACAUCAAUCCGCCCCAGCUCAGCGACAUUUCUGAGCAGUCGGAUCAGAGACAGCCUCGCAUGCACAUUUUGCCUUCAAAGCUUGCUGGUGGCCUGACCAACUCUGAGAUUCAACCAAAGUCAAACCACAGUGCCCUCCUUAAUCAUCCCGACUCCAACUCAUUUGACCUGUCUCCAGAAAAUGGAGGUUUUGAACGACUGCUAACUAUGAAACAUCAGAACUACGGCUAUCCGCCUCCGCAACACGAGCGCUACGGCCAUCCUAUGAACAUGGGCUAUGGCUACAACAAUGUUCCCCCGUACAUGGCUGGCCCUCCCCAGGGUAACACCGGCUAUGGCCAGCAGUACCCUCCUGCUUUCCAUCAGCAAAGCACUAGCAUGUCCCGGAGUCCCUCUCAGCCAGAGCGUCCUUCCAGCGCUAGUCAACCUAAUCAACCCGUUGUUGUAUCCUCUACCCAGGCUCAAGGUGCUAAUGCCGCCAAGGGCGCCAACACUUUUGUCAUGCCCCGCAAGAGCGCUGCUAUCCAGAUCAAGAACCUCGCUGGUGAGGUUGUGGACACAUCUUCUUUCAAAGCACCGGCAUCUCCUGCUCCCCAGCACGCCCGAACACCGCCCGUCGUCGCUUCGACUCCUACACCGCCUCCCGUGAAGCCUAGCACUCCUUCCCACGGACGCACCGACAGCCAGGCCACCCCGAAAACCGCCAAGGAAAUUCAGGAUGAGCUUAAGGAGAAGAUUAAGCGCGCCACACAGCAGUCCGCUGCUGCUGAUGAGCCUGUCACUGCCAAGACGGAUGCUCCCACUCCUAAAGUCGCUGAGGCUCCCAAGCCCGAACCCGUUGUCAAGGAGGAGCCCAAGGCCGCCGAGGCUGCCAAGAGUGACGACCCUGAUGAGGAUGAAAUGGAACGCAUGAUUCGUGAAAUGGAAGAGGCUGAUGCCCGCCGCGAAAAGGAGGAAGAGGAGCAUCGCCAGCGCAGAGAGGCUGAAAAGGCCGAAGCUAAGAAGAACGAGGAGUCGAACCGCAAGGUCAACGCCGAAGAGGAAGACCGCAAGCUGCGAGAGCAAGAGCGUGAGAUGGAACGCCUUGAAGAGGAGCGCGAGCGUAAGCGCAAUGAGGCUGAGAACUCCGGCAAGACCAUGUCCGUUGCCGAAGCCCUCGCCAAGGCUCGCUCCGGCGGCGCUGACGGCAACGUCGACUCGGUCACUGAUAAGCUUGCCGACAUGAAGAUCGAGGGUGACAAGACUAGCGAGAACAAGCAUUCCGAGAAGCGCGCUGCCAAGCCCGCGGCGCUUAACCUUGCACCUCUUAACACUAAGCCCGUUGAGCCGCCUCAGCCUACUCCUGCCAUGCAGUCCCUCAAGUCUGCCCGCUUCCUGCAGGUCAUCGAGCAAAAUCUCUACCCACCUGGCAUCAACUCGCCUAACCCUGCUCUGAAUGCUGCUGUCACGAAGAAGGGCAAGACGUUCAGAUAUGACGCCGGGUUCCUUUUGCAAUUCCAAAAGGUCUUCACCGAGCAGCCCUCUAUCGAGUUUCAUCAGCAAGUCAAGUCCCUCAUCGGUGACGGCGAUGGCAACAACCGCUCCUCUGCCCGCACCCCCGCGUCUGGUAACCCUAGACAGCCUUCCCGUGGCGGUUCCAGCUUCCCUGGCGGUCCCUUCAAUGCACCCCCCGGCCGUGGUGGUAUGCCCGGCGGAGUUCUUCCUGGCAAGCCGGGCAGCAUGCCCCCCAUGAACUCUUUCCAGCGCCCUGGCGCUCCUUUCCCUGGCCCUGGCGGCAUGGUGCGCUCAAGUUCUCAGCGCGGUGCUGGCCCCAACUCUCCUCGCCAGAGCAGUCGCCAGACUCGCGGCAGCCGGCGUAACGAAGCCCAGGCUGCUAAGACCAUGCCUCUCACUGCCGGCCAGGAGGUUAAGCCUAUUUCCGUCUCCGCCACUGGCUGGAAGCCCACCAGCGUUGGCAAGAGCGCUGUUGCCAAUUCUGCCGCGAACGCUGGAUACCUUGAUCCGGAGAUGGUCCAGAGAAAGGUCAAGGCUGCUCUCAACAAGAUGACCCCCGAAAAGUUCGACAGAAUUGCCGACCAAAUCCUCGAAAUUGCCUCACAGUCCAAGGAUGAGUCCGACGGCCGCACUCUUCGCCAGGUCAUUCAGCUCACCUUUGAGAAGGCUACUGACGAAUCCCACUGGGCUUCCAUGUAUGCCAAGUUUUGCAAGCGCAUGCUUGAGACCAUGAGCCCCGAGGUCCGUGAUGAGAGAAUCAAGGACAAGAAUGGCAAUAUUGUUAGUGGUGGCAACCUCUUCCGCAAGUAUCUUCUCAACAGAUGCCAGGAAGACUUCGAGCGCGGUUGGUCUGUCAACUUGCCCGAGGCCCCCAAGGAGGAGAAGAAGGAAGACGCCGAAGCCAAGAAGAAUGGUGAGGCGGAGCUCAUGUCCGAUGAGUACUACGUGGCUGCUGCUGCCAAGCGUCGUGGUCUCGGUCUUGUUCAGUUCAUUGGUGAACUUUACAAGCUCGGUAUGCUUACGGAACGUAUCAUGCAUGAGUGUGUGCACAAGCUUGUUGACUACAAGGGCAUUCCUGACGAGGCCGAGGUCGAGUCGCUCUGCAAGCUGCUGAGAACCAUUGGCUUCAACCUUGACGAGACUGAGAAGGGCCGUCCCAUGAUGGAUGCCUACUUUGCUCGCAUCCAGACCAUGAUCGAUCUUCCUGAGCUUCCUAGCCGUAUCAAGUUCUUGCUUAUGGACAUUGUUGACCUGCGCAAGGUUGGCUGGAGAGCCAAGUCUCGCGGUCUUGCCGCCCCCAAGACGCUUGAUGAGAUCCGUGCCGAGGCUGAAGCUGCUCAGGCUGCGAAAGCCCAAGAGACUGCCAGAAGCAACCAGCGUGGCGGCGGCCGUCCUCCUGUCGGCCGUGGUGAUGUUCGCACCUUCUCCGCUGGCUAUAACCAGCAGACUAGCAACCAGGUUGGCAUGGAUGACUUGAGACGCCUCAAGGGCUCCAUCAACAGAACUGCGAGCUCGAAUGUCACGCUUGGUCCCACCUCGAUGUUCUCCUCUCGCAGCAACAGUGGUCGUCGCAUGGGCCCUGGUGGCUCUCUGGGCCGUGGCGAGGACUCUGCGAUGUCCUCCCGCGCCGGCACGCCUCCCACUCGCGAGAACUCCAACACCUUCAGUCUCUUGGCCAAUAUGGAUUCUGAGAACCCUGCCUCCCCGCCAUCCGCCGCUGCUUCCCCGGCCCUGUCAAAAGCUGUCCCCGACAGUGACAAGAAAGAGAGCGAAUAA